AUGGCAACACAAAGAGAGGAAUGUAAAUGUAGUCUAGCUACAAUAAUUACAAUCAAGAGUGAAAGUCGUCGUCGAAGUAGUCGACGUCUUUGUAGACGCCUUGACGUCGACUUGGUGGGAGGCCCUGGUGGUGAGGAGGUGAGAUCGUAUGCGGAGGACGUCCAUGCGGUAGAGGAGUACGCCGAGGAUGUAGAGCGUGGCGAUGAGCCAGAGUGCGAUGAUGGCGAAGAGGAAGGGCAUACGGAUGGUGUAGAGGAGUUGGUCGAUCUGGUGGAACAGUUGAGUGAAGUGGUCGGAGUGGAGUGCCUUGGUGAGUUGGUCGUUGAGGUCACUGCACCGUAUCUUCUGGCUGCCGGCGAGCAGGACGUGGGCGUUGCGGUAUGUGAAUCCGUAGCGGUAGAGUGUCGGCAGGGUCGCGCCACAUUCGACAAGGGACGAGCAGUGGCAGGAGUCCUUGUCGCCGUGCUUACCAGGAGAACAGAGGCACGUGGAACAGCCGUGGGCCGUGCAGUCGAUGUUGUUCAAGGCGUCCAGCAGGGACUCCAGCAGCUCCCACAGCUGCCAUGCCAGCCACACUAUCCACGAGACAUACAGCUGUGCGUGCUUCUGCGGGAAGGUGUGGUUGGCGUGCAGCGCCAGCGGCUGGAGGAAGGGGGCGCAUCCACUGGGUGA